AUGCUGUUCACCGCUUCCAGGCCAUGUGUGGCACAGCACAAGCCUGGCCAACAGCCCACACGCAGCGCAUCCGCCGUCGCCCGUCGCGGCGCUGAGGCCCGCCGCUCGCAGCAGCGUGCGCGGCUGAGCGUCCGAGCUAGCGCCCAGGGCAAGCCAGCUGGCCAGGUGGACUUCAAGAAGGUUCUGAUCGCCAACCGCGGGGAAAUCGCAGUACGCGUGAUCCGCGCGUGCAAGGAGAUGGGCCUGCAGACCGUUGCUGUCUACUCUACGGCCGACAAGGACUCCCUGCACACCAAGCUGGCUGACGAGGCGGUGUGCAUCGGCGACGCCCCCAGCGCCGCGUCAUACCUCAACAUCCCCAACCUGCUGGCUGCGGCCACCAGCCGCGGCGCACAGGCUAUUCACCCGGGCUACGGCUUCCUGUCUGAGAACGCCAACUUUGUUGAGAUCUGCAACGACCACGGGCUGGAGUUCAUCGGCCCCAAGCCGGCGCAGAUCCGCGUGAUGGGGGACAAGGCCACCGCCAGGGACACCAUGAAGAAGGCUGGUGUGCCCACCGUCCCCGGCAGCGCGGGCCUGAUUGAGAAUGAUGCCCAGGCCAUGCAGGUGGCCGGGGAGGUGGGCUUCCCCCUCAUGAUCAAGGCCACUGCGGGUGGCGGCGGCAGGGGCAUGCGCCUGGCCACCAAGGAAGAGGAGUUCCUGCCACUCCUGAAGCAGGCGCAGCAGGAGGCAGAGGCGGCCUUUGGCAACGGCGCCGUCUACAUUGAGCGCUAUGUGCAGAACCCUCGCCACAUUGAGUUCCAGGUGCUGGCCGACAAGUUUGGCAAUGUGGUGCACCUGGGCGAGCGCGACUGCUCGGUGCAGCGCCGCAACCAGAAGCUUGUGGAGGAGGCGCCCAGCCCGGCCCUCACACCAGAGGUGCGUCAGCAGAUGGGUGAGGCCGCGGUGAACGCUGCGCGCGCCAUCGGCUACGUGGGUGUGGGCACCAUCGAGUUCCUGUGGGAGAAGAAGGGCUUCUACUUCAUGGAGAUGAACACGCGCAUCCAGGUGGAGCACCCCGUGACGGAGAUGAUCACAGGCGUGGACCUGAUCCAGGAGCAGAUCAGGGUGGCCCAGGGCCACCCUCUGCGUUUCAAGCAGGAGGACAUCACCUUCAAGGGCCACGCCAUUGAAUGCCGCAUCAACGCAGAGGACCCCUUCCAGAACUUCCGCCCUGGUCCCGGCCGCGUCUCCACCUACCUCGCACCCGGCGGCCCCAACGUGCGCAUGGACAGCCACCUGUACCCGGACUACCUUGUGCCCCCGAACUACGACUCGCUGCUGGGCAAGCUCAUCGUCUGGGCGGAGGACAGGGACCAGGCCAUCACGCGCAUGCUGCGUGCGCUGGACGAGACGGUGAUUGUGGGUGUCCCCACCACGGGCCCCUUCCACAAGCUGAUCCUGGACCACCCGGCCUUCAGGGCUGGCGACGUCGACACGGGCUUCAUCCCCAAGUACCAGGCCGAGCUCACCACGCCGCCACCCACUAGCAGGGUCAAGUCCUUCUUGUCCGAGAAGGUCAAGGCCGCCAAGUCCAAGACCAAGAUGCUGGUCUAG